AUGUCGAAGGCGGAACCCACGCGGGCACAGCUGUCGUCGAGGUUGUCCUACCAGGCCAGGGACUGGAGUCUGGGAGGCGGCGGGCUCGGUGAUGAUGAAUACGAUGAUGACGAGUUCGAGGACGACGGUUCUGGACGCCCUCCGAUUCCCCGCCGACCGGCCAUCCCGACACGCCCAGACGACGAGCAGGGGAGUGCGGACGAGGACGACGGGGACGAGACGCCACAGAUUGUGGUUCUGAAGGAAGGGAAGCAUCUCUCGCGGCGGAAGGUCGAGAACGAGAAACGUAAAGGCGGGGACUCUGGCUUUCAGCCAAGGGAUUGCCUCCGCUGGCCUGAACACGAUGAAAAGGACGAGAAGACCAAGGAGGAAAAGACGAAACAGAAGGAUACGACAAACGCGAUAACGCAGGGCCUGUCAUUCUCUUCUGGAGCUGCGAAGGGCAAGUGCACCAAACGCAAAGCGGUGGGCGAUGGACGUGAUGAUGCAGUCAAACCAGCCUCCUCGAAGGGUGGCAAGAAGAAGUUAAAGAAGCAGCACAAAAAACUACUCUCGUUUGACGAAGAUGCAUGA